CCACAAUAAAUCAGAUGUAUCUACCUAUUAUUGAUUAGUCUUCCAGACAAAGCAGUCAUCAAAAUAAAAAAAGUCACAGUUGUGCAUACCCCACCCCAAGACCCCGCUAUCCCACCUAGCUUGCACGUGUGCACCACGCACCCAUGCAACUUCCUCUCUCUUUUUCGCUGUCAAUCGAUACAGGUAAGUCACUAACGCAAAAUUUGGAGUUUUUGACUCCUAGCAGCGUUUUGGGUGCCUUUCUUUCUGUAAUUUCCAUUUCCAUUUUUUUUUAUACAAUUUGGUAUGGGACUUUUUAACCCUCAGUCACUUUAGUUUAGCAGUUUUAGUGUUCACUUUUGCCAAGCAUAUUUCCUUUUUUGAGUUCAGUUUUUUUGUGUCCCGGGUUUUUCACAGUAAAACAUUUUCCUGUAAUUUGACUGGGUCGGGGCCGACAGGCCAGUGGUAGAGUCAAGUUUUCAUGAAAAUCUGAUUUUUUUAGGACACUCAGUCUGUUUUUUAUGUCAAGAGGUAUUGAUCUUGUUAUCGAAUCAAUUUUAACAAUAACAUGCCUGGACGAUAUACCUUUGUAUACCAUUGAGCUCACAGUUGAUGAAAUCGUUUCUAAAAACUUAUGAUAUUCUCCAUGGGUGCAAUGUUUCUUUCUUUCUUAUUAUUCUUUCUUUUUAUUUCUUUCUCAUUCUUUUUUGUGCAACGGAUAACUCAAGAUCAAUACAGUCAAUUUCUUUCAAUUUUGGUGCAGUCAUGGGUCAUCAUUCUCAUUAGACGUAACAGGAAAAUUUUCAAAUUCAUCAAGUACUGAUGACCUCAUCCAUGGGUCAUUUUUUUUUCUUUUCUUUUUUUGGACAUUCCAGUUAUUGUCCGUGCUCUGAAACUUGGUAUCUUGUUAUAAUCUACAAGCAUAUAGAUUUUCGUUAUGCUGCCUCCAGUGUUCCAGAAAAUAUAGUACACACACAAAAUCAAUGGAUAUGUUUGAAAGUAUCUUAUUAUCCUUUAAUGAAUCCCUCAGGUACUAAUACAAAGAUCUGAUUGAAAGCUAAUUAUCUUGAGAUGCCAUUUUGAAACAUGGAUUGAAGGCCAAUUAGCAUUCAUGCCCUCUAGUAUUUCCAUUUCAUUAUGUAUCAAACAGGAAAUGACUAUAUUCUAUAACUAUUGAGUCUUUACGUCACAAAAUGAGGAAUCAAAGCAUCGUGCAUGAUGUUGGGUAAUAUUUCUUUUUACAGCAGCAGUCAGAUCAAGCGUUUUUCCCGCUUCAAUUAACUUAGAAUUGCUUCCGAACAAGAGAAUGGUAGGAAGAGGAAAGGAAAACUUUGUCUGGGCAUGAUCAGCAGUAUACAUCCAAACAUAAGACAUUUAGAUCAUUCAAUGAUCUGCUUCUGCAUUUGCAUGCAGUUUGUAGAACAUUCUCCCUCAGCUACUCUGCUCUUGCUAUACAUUGUUUGUUUUCUACCUUGAAGACUUUAAGUUCGCAUACAACCAGCCACUCUUCAAAUCUUGAAGGAAGGAAUCAUGGACUGCUCUUGUCAUAGGUGUCUUUUGUCAGGCUUUUAAAUGCUUGCACUCUAAAAGUUCCCAGAUUGACUUCUAUGGAUUGGACAUUCUACUUCAAUCUGCUUUCGCUCCUGUCCAUUAAACCGGCAAGAUGAAUCUUCAUAUCUUCUUGUUUGUGCUUGCCUUCAUUGGGAGAACAGUCCAAGGAAAAUGUCCUGUUGGUUGUGACUGUGACACGGUUAACGGUUUGGUCAAUGUGGACUGCGCUUGGUGUGGUCUUAACAAUGUUCCAGAGGACAUUCCAUGCGAUGCUGGUGAAGUUGACCUGCAUACUAACUAUAUCACUAGACUAAAUAAAAAGUCGUUCUCCUGCCAAGCCCAGUUGAGUAAACUUUUCCUAUCACAAAAUAAAUUGAAAUACAUUGAGAAAAAUGUUUUUGAACGCUUGAUGAAACUAACAUACAUCGAAUUUGAAUCAAAUGAACUUGUGAGCAUUCCAUAUCUUGGCUCAUUACCUCGCCUUAUUGAUGUAUCUAUCUUUAAAAAUUUCUUUGUAGAGUGGCCACAGUUGUUUCUUUCUAGUAUGCCAGAAAGACAGCCUUUCAAGAUGAGUUUGGCAUACAACAAACUAUCUGAUGCACCAAAAGUUCCCUUCAAAAUAUGGAACCUUAAUCUUGAAGGAAACACUGUUACUGAUCUGUCCAAUGCAGUGUUUACACAUCCUGAAGUGAUUUUAGAGCUGAAUAUUGAUAAAAAUAAUGUAGAGUACCUGGAGAAGUUGCAGAAGAUGGACAAUCUUACGAUACUUUCCCUGGAAUACAAUGGAAUUCGAAGCAUUGCUGACACAACAUUUGCCUACCUUCCUUCACUUAAAAGAAUUAACCUGGCAAGAAAUAAAAUUGUUGAUGUCUCACCCUUCAGAAACAUGUCAUACAUUACAGAUAUAAUACUGGCAAAAAACAGUAUAAGACAUAUCCGUCACCCUGCUUUUACUAACAUUCCAAACAUAGCUGUCAUCUAUCUUAACGAUAAUGAAAUUGUUUGUUAUAUGCCUCACUCGGACUUCAGUGUACCAUCGAGCCUUCUUCUUGGCCGCAACAAAAUAUCAGUUAUGGACAUGAAUCCUGCAGGGAACUAUUCAAACGUAGUAAUUCUAUAUAUCGACAACAACCAUCUUGGUAACUUUUCCAUUCAUCCGUUCCCUGGUUUAUCUAGUCUUUAUGCUUCAAACAAUUUCAUUAAAGAUGUGAUAUCUCUCAAGUAUGAACAUCGUUUUCUAAGAUACAUCAACUUGUGCUAUAACCAAAUCGGGAGUGUGAAAAACUUUGAAAACCUACCUGCCCUAAAGUGGCUGUUUCUCUGUCAUAACUCCAUCAAAACCUUGGAUGAUAACAGCCUCAUCGACUCGUUUAGUCUUCUUACCCUUGACCUAAGCUACAAUAAGUUGUCAGAACUCCUAAACUUCACAGCUUUGCCUGCUCUGAGACGUCUUGAUUUAUCAGGCAACAUCCUUCAUGUGAUAGGAAAUGCAACCUUUGACCACCUACCAAGGCUUGUUACUCUCAACCUUAGCCAAAAUCAAAUCUCAAAACUUGGUUUUUUCAGUUCGAUGCCAUCACUUGAAACUCUAUCUUUAAGUCACAACCAGCUGAGGACCAUCCACCCCCAUGACUUCUCUAAUCUAAAUAAUCUUAGAGUUUUGCAGUUAGCUUCCAAUUUUAUUGUAGAGUUUGAAAACAUCAACUUGCCUUCUCUUCAAAGACUUGACAUCGGUUUUAAUUUCUUAACUCGUAUGAAUUUUAAUCAUGUAUUGGAUCACAGAAUUCUAUAUAUCAAUGUUGAGAGUAACAGAAUAGCUGAGGUUAUAUCCACUCAUGCUCCACUUGUAAGUAUCAUUGUAAACAACAAUCGGAUUGGAUCAUUAAAUUCAAGUUUGUUAUCUGGGUAUAAUGUUUUUGCAUCCAGCAAUAACCUGACCGAUUUCAACCAGGUUCGUAUUACACCCGGUUUGAUGGGACUUUACCUCUAUAAAAACCACCUCUCGUGCAUACCUGAUUACACUUUCUCCCUAGCAUCCUCUCUCAUAUUUCUUGAAUUGGCUGACAAUAUGAUAGUCAAAGUAACAAAUUUAUCCUUUGUUGGCCUUCAGCUUGUUAGAACUCUGAAUCUGGAAAGAAAUCAAAUAGUCCACCUUCCUUCUGGGGUGUUUUCAUAUAUUGGGGAUCUGAAAACUCUUGAACUGAGUGGAAAUCCUUUGACAUAUAAGUCAAGUCGGCCAUUUAUGGGAAUACAGGGUCUUGAAUAUCUUAAACUUGCUAAUAUGCCAUUUUCAAAUUUGUCCCUUCAUGUGUUGGAGGACAUUCAACUUGUAUAUUCACUAAACAUUGACAAAAACAUGGCUUUAAGACAAUUUUUCAUCAACAAAGCAAGUGUCUUACCUUUCACAAAUUUCCCAAACCUACGGCGUAUUUCCCUGUCGUCCAAUGAACUUAGAAACCAGUGUCCAUUAUUACAUAUUAAAUAUUUACAAGUGAUAGAUUUAUCCAAUAAUCUGUUUAGUUCUAUUCCUACAUAUUGCUUGCCAAACUAUGCAGACUCUCUGAACUUGUCUCGCAAUAGAAUCAGGAGUGUCAAUAAAGAUUCUUUUGGAGAACUUCAACAUCUCUGGGUACUGGAUCUGAGUUACAACAGAAUUGUGUCUUUCAAAUUCCGUGCCCUGGAACAUCAGAAGAACUUGGCAACUUUACAUCUUGCAGGCAAUCUACUGACAACACUUGAUAUUAGUUUCUUGUCCUUCUCUUUGAAGUCAAUAGUAAUGGAUUUACAAGAUAAUCCUUGGUUAUGUGAUUGUGACCUGAUCAUGGCUGUCCGUAUGCUGGAGUCCUGGAUAGAUGAUCCUGUUGUUUGCAGUCAACCUGCUGGUUAUUCCAAUUCUAGUUUAGCUGAACUGGCCAUGUCCAACAACUUCACAUGUCUGCCUCAACUGUGUUCUCAGCCACUGCAGACACUGUUGACAUUCAUUGGUGAUCAGUCCGUCGAGAUACCUUGCCCAAUCAUCACCUCAAAUCUGUCAGUCAUCAUUCACUGGUCAUUUACCUCUCAUAGGCAACAACUGCCCUCUAUUGGUAGUGAACUACUAGACAGUGUUUCUGUCCUUCCUCACAAUGCCCUCUUUAUUGAACAUGUCAGCCUGAACCUGACAGGGACCUAUACCUGUUGGAGUGAGAAUGGGGCUGGGCGGACAAAAUUCAUGGUGAACUUGCUUGUAGAGGAACGAUCAGGGACGGUUCAGAAACUUAUGGAGGAUAAUACGUCUACAGUGUUGGCCAAGAAUUGGAAGGAAACGCUCUCCUGUGGUAACUCUGGACGCCGUAAUAAUGACAGAUCAAUCACAACAAUGAUAUCGUCUUUAUUAGUAGCCCUCUGGCAGCUGAGGAAAUGGAAGAAAAAUAUUUAA